AUGUAUAAGUUUCUCAGCGAGCAAUGCGAAGGAGAAGUCAAGAACCUUCGAGUCGAGUUGGACGUGGCUCAGAAAGAACAUGCCAACCUGGUGGAACCGGUAAAGAUCUUUGAAGUUAGUGAUGACGAGUUAGACAUGGUGACUAAUAGUCAGAACCCGCAGGUCCAGCAGAAGGUUGAUCGGGUCGACCAGCUCCGAGCCAAGAUGGACGAGGUCAAGACUAUUGCCGAAGAGUGUAAGGGCAAAAUGGACCGAUUGACUUCGGAAAAGGAGACUGCCCGGGAGCAGCUGGCAUUAGUAGAGGCCCAAGUUCGAGAGGCAAAGGAGAAAGCUGAGGCCCGAUCCCAAAAUAUCGAAGACCUCCAGUCUCAACUGGGCUCGGCCAUUGCCGAACGGGAUACCCUUGCCAAGGAGCUUAAAGCAGCCAAGUCAGAGGCAGAAAUAAGAAGGGCCGAUGCCGAAGAGAUGGUGGCCCAGUACAAAGUUGACGUUGAGGCAGCCUAG